UAAAAGUGCAGUUCGAGCUAAGGGCAAAUUAGUGUGAUACAAACAAGCUCAGAAUGAAGUCUAGAUUUGCAUGCAUUUUGCUUUUCAGCUGCCUGAUUAGCUAUGUGAUGGCUCAGAAGCCCGAAAUGACCCAGCAGGUUGUGUCCAGCUGCAUGACGGAGAAUGGCGUUACGGAGCAAGAGCUGAAUGGUCUGAAAUCUGGUGAGGUGAAGCUGGAGGAUGUCAAGGACAAUGUGAAGUGUGCCUCGCAGUGCGUCAUGGCCAAGCUGGGCUUCAUGAAUAGCAAAGGAGUGCUACAAGACGACAAGAUAAUGGAGUUCUUCAAGGACGGACCCAUGAAGGGGCAGGCGGAAAAGGCUUUGGAAGCCUGCGGCAGUACCACCGGUGCCAAUCCCUGUGACACGGCGUUCCAAAUUAUGGUCUGCUUAGAGAAGCACGUCAACGAUCUGAUGAAGGCAUAAAUGGAGCUGCAAGAGGGGAAGCCAGGGCAUAUAUACAUACAUAUAUAUAUCUAUCUUUAUGUAGAAUGUAAUACAAUAGUUUGGACAUUCACAAAAACUAAUAUAAACACUGAAUAUCUACUUGAGCGGAGCAAAUAAAUUUCUUAAGCAUG